AUGUAUGAGAUUGAACGGUUGAAGAAAUUAGGAGCCACAGUGUUUGAGGGCUCCACGGAUCCAACUGACACCGAGGUCUGGUUAAAUAUGCUGGAGAAAUGCUUCGACGUAAUGAGUUGUACUCAGGAGCGAAAAGUUAGAUUAGCCACAUUUCUGUUACAGAAAGAGGCCGAGGGAUGGUGGAAAUCCAUUAUAGCCAGGCGCAAUGAUGCACGUACGUUAGAUUGGCAGACGUUCAGAGGCAUAUUUGAGGAAAAGUAUUAUCCCACCACAUAUUGUGAGGCAAAGAGAGAUGAGUUUCUGAAGCUGAAACAAAGGUCACUUUCGGUGGCCGAGUACGAGAGGAAGUAUAUCGAGCUUUCGCGGUAUGCUGAAAUGAUUGUGGCAUCUGAGAGUGACAGGUGUCGCAGGUUUGAGAGAGGGCUACGUUUUGAGAUACGUACCUCAGUGACCGCUAUUGCCAAGUGGACAAAUUUUUCCCAGCUAGUAGAGACUGCUUUACGUGUGGAGCAGAGUAUUGUAGAGGAAAAGUUGGCAAUGGAGCUUAGUCGAGGAGUUUCAACAACUAGUGGUAUUCGAGGUCGAGAGCAACAGAGGUUCACACCUGGAGUGAAUGUUUCAGGUUGUCAAGACUUCAAGCGUCGAUCGGGUGGCAAACCAUUGAGGCAGAUGAGUUCAGGUAGUGCUUAUCAGAGGCAGAGUCAGAGAGUUUUCAGUCAGUCUGCGAACUCAGUAGCAAGAUCGCGGACGGGUCAGGAGUCUGUUGCUAGUGAAUCCAAGAGAACCCCAUGUGUAAGUUGUGGCAAGAGUCAUCGGGGUCAGUGUCUUAUUGGCACCGGUGUGUGUUACCAGUGUGGACAAAUAGGACAUUUCAAGAGGGAUUGUCCACAGCUGAGAGUAGCAGUUCGGAGGGACCAGGGAGUUGAGUCCCACACAGUUGAGCAGCCGAGAAUCUCAACAGCCACAGGAAAGGGAACUAGUGGUACAAGAUAA